AUGGAUAGAGGGAGCCGGGCAGCCACGGUGGGGGACGGAGCGGCCAACCUGACAGCAGCCCCCCUCCUGCUGGACCUGCUGAACGCCUCCAGCCCGUCGACCCGCUGGGACAGCAGCCCGCCCGGUGGAGUCGCCGGCCGGGACCAGGAGCGGCACCUCGCCCGGGAGCAAGCCUACCGGGACUUCACCACCGCCGUCCAGGUCCUCAUCCUCAUAGGGUCACUGCUCGGGAACGCCACGGUGAUCUGGUGCACCUGCUGCACCAACGUCUUCAAGUCGGUGACCAACCGCUUCGUCAAGAACCUGGCGUGCUCGGGGAUCUGCGCCGGCCUGGUGUGCGUCCCCUUCGACGUGGCGCUGGGGGCGAACCCCCGCUGCUGCUGGUGGCUCCACACGCUGCUGCUCUGCAAGGCCCUCAAGUUCCUGCACAAGCUCUUCUGCUCGGUCACCGUGCUCAGCUUCAGCGCCAUCGCCCUCGACAGGUACUACUCGGUGCUGUAUCCACUGGAGAGGAAAAUCUCGGACGCCAGAUCUCGAGACCUGGUCAUCUACAUCUGGGUCCACGCCGCCGUGGCCAGCUUCCCCGUGUUCGCCGUGACCAACGUGACGGACGUGUACGUGACCUCGUCCUGCUCCGCCGACCACGCCCGCUCCCUGGGCCACGUGGCGUACGUGCUGAUCUACAACCUGACCACGGUGGUCCUGCCCCUGGCGCUGGUCUUCCUCUUCAUGCUGCUGAUCCGCAGGGCGCUCAGCGCCAGCCAGAAGAAGAAGGUGAUCAUCGCGGCGCUGCGGACGCCGCAGAACAGCAUCUCCAUCCCGUACGUGUCUCAGAGGGAAGCGGAACUGCACGCCACGCUCCUGGCGGUGGUGCUGGCCUUCUCCGCCUGCAGCGCCCCCUACGGCGCCUUGGUGGUUUACCGCACUGUUUUAGCGGAGACUGAGAAUCUGCCGGUCUCCUUGUACCUCACGGCCCUGUGGCUGCCCAAGAUCUCCCUGCUCACCAACCCGCUCUUGUUCCUGACUGUCAACCGCUCGGCGCGCCACAGCUGGCUGGACCUGCUGGCACGGCUGCACAGACGCUACAGCCGCCGCAACGUGGUGACCACGGGAGGCCUGGCCUCCCUGGGGACGGAGGGGGCGAUCGGAGAGCCCGCGGGGCUGGAGGCAGCCGGGCGCUCCGGGAGCCAGCUCCUGGAGAUGUUCAACAUCGGCCAGCAGCAGAUCUUCAAACCCUCCGAGGAGGAAGAGGAGGAGGAGGACGUAGAGAACGAGAUUCCUCCUCAACGACCAGGAAGCUGCUCGGCGCCCAGAGAAGACCAGAAGAGCCGGUCGAGGCUCGGGAGCCUCAGAAGCGACGUGGUUCCGAACAAAGAGCCUCUGCAGGGAACGGGAGGGGGGCUCAUCAUCACGAAGGAGCCUCCCGCUUCGGCGGCCGCACCCCGGGCCUCCCCGGCGCACGCGUGCGCCUACGCCUCCUCGUCGCAGGUGGCGCCCGCCACGCCCACCGAGGCGGAGGACUCGCCGCAGUUCGGCUUCGGGCCGUUCGAGCUGCCCCCUCAGUGGUUACCGGAAACCAGGAACAGCAAGAAAAGGCUGCUGCCCCCGCUGGGGAACACGCCCGAGGAGCUGAUCCAGACCAAGCUGCCCAGGCCGCGGCCCGAACGCCGCAUCAGCAGGAACAACAAGGUCAGCACCAUCCCUGCCGUGGACCCAUGA